CAACCGGGAAUUGCAACCGGUGUUCCACCUGUUGUGAACACUCAUUUGAUUUUAUCAAUCAUUGCCUGUGUUUGUUUCCCGGCAAUAGGAAUUCUUGCUGUCGUAAAAUCGUCUGAGGCACAAAGGCUUUUCAUGGCUGGAGACUAUGUCGGAGCGAUGGCGUCAGCACGAUCAGCGAGAAACCUGUCAAUUGCGGCCAUUAUUUGCGGCCUGAUAGCAUAUACAUUUUGUAUAAUUAUCGUAGUAAUUCGAGUGGACACAUCUGAAUGAAUUCCACUCGCUAAAUUUUUACGUAUAUUUGUCUUUCGAAAUCACAUCGAGAUCAGUGGCCUGAUUUUGAAGCCGAGAUAAUUUUGUAAGGUCGUAAACUCGAUCUCGGAUUUAUGUAUUUUUUUUCACAGUUGAAAUGUAAUAUUCAUAUUCGAAUGCAUGGAUAUAUAAAUCCAUCGAACUCUUGACUUCAGUCUUGAUUUAUAUUCAGUCGAGUUCAUAAUGUACGAAUUCAGCUGAAAUAAUAAAUCAAACGGGUGGUCAGAAUCGAACAUAUAUUAAGACCGCUUGCAACAAUGUCAACAUAGUCUGCAUAUACCUUCUGGGUAUUAUUACCCUGAAUCAUGUGACAUAACACGGAUAUAUACAAGGCCCGAGAAUAAAAUCAAAGUGAAGUGAUCGAGGAGGAUACUGUAUUUAUGGUUUUGAAAUGUUCGUCGCAAAUUUGUCUCAUGAGAGAUCAUAGUAUAUACCAGAACGGAGAGACUAAAAUUUAGUCAGCAUUGCUAUCUUCUAAGAGAUCUUUGCAUUCGGCGGAAAGAAUGAAUGCGUUAUAAUCAACUUUGAAGCAACUCACAUACUUUGAGUUACAUACUCACAUACUGUCUCUCAAAACGGUGAAUAUUUCUUCAUUUUCUGACUGACAGUAAAAGAUGGAAAAACCUCCGCAGUACAGUGCAAGUGAAGAUCCCCACGAACAAGAAUAUGUUGGUAAUGUAGCACCUCCUUACACCAGUCAUCAACCACCCGAAAAUCCAGGCUAUCCCUCGGCAAACCAAGAGGCAGGAAACCAAGCACAGAGAGACUAUGAAGCGACUGGGUACACACAUCAUGAACAAGACCAUCCACCUCAGGAUCCGAGAUAUUAUCCCCAAGGACAAAGACAUCCACUCCAAGAUCCGGGGUAUCAACCCCGAGGACAGGAAUAUCUACCUCAGAGAAAUAUUCAGCAAUCUGUGGGAUGUACUAAUACUUCAUCAGUAUCUUAUAGUCCAUCAACGCCCUUGAUUCCAAUGCACGCGCAACUUUCACCUGGUAUUGGUCGUGUUAUGGAGACUUACAUGGCUUUAUCAGUGGUUAGCUGUUUGUUUUUCCUGCCAAUUGGCAUCUUUGCUAUCGUAAAAUCUUCUGAGGCACAAAAUCGUUACAUGGCUGGAGACUAUGCCGGGGCAAUGGCGUCAGCAAAAUUAGCGAAAAACCUGGCAAUAUCAGUCAUUGUUUUAGGCUUAAGCAUCUUUAUAAGUGGUAUGAUUUUCACGAUUAUAUGGGCCAGUGCAUGACCCUGUAGAAUAGCCGCACCGCGAUAUGGGAACACUUUUUUGAAAUAAUUAUUAAUUUUGUGAUCGUAGCGGACUUUGGCCCAAAAUAAAUAGAAAAGAAAUUUCUCAACGAAGGGAUUUUAUUUAAUAGUAGGAUUCAUACUUCCGUUGUCCAUCCGUCUAAAUCCAAGCAUUGUAGAUUAGAAGUCUACAGUUUAGCCAGGCCGAAUACGUUAUGUACGGGACAAAGUUCUGAUCGAAGAGAAUAAUAUUAUAUAAAAUUGCGCUAAAGCUGUGCAUUAAAUUUGUUUUAAUUGUCUGUUUGCAUGACCAAGUAGAAAUGCCUAUUUGUUAAAAAGUUUAAUAAAUUUUUGAUCGCCAUAUGUAUAAUCAAUACCUCUUGAAAUGUUCACUGAUUCAGCCCAAUCAGUGGACUAAAUCUCAGGUAUCGAAAAUAUUUGAAACUCUCAAAUAAAUGUUAAUAUAUGCAAAGACUAAAGGGGAUGGUAACUGAGUGUUUUUGAGUCAAAAAGCUCUAGAAACAAGUGUUUUCAUGCACCACUGCAAAUCAAAAUUCACAAUGUUCGCCCGAAAAUUCGUGUCUAUUACAAAAAGCUUCCUGAUCGGGGUACUAGCUGAGUUCAACAAAUUAGUUGAAAAGAAGCUAAUUCAACUGUCACAUCCGUUAGUAAGUGAAAGGUUUCCUUGCCUUAAUUCUAAGAAGAGCGACACACCCUUCCAA